AUGGCCAAGUGCACUGCGUGUGAGAAGGCCGUGUACUUCAACGACACGCAAGUCAAGCCCAAGGACGGCCUUCUCACGAUCGCCUCGUACACGUACUUUGGCGAGAAGCUCCUCUGCAAGACGCACUACAUGAUGGCCUUCCAGACCACCAACUCGUACGGCGGUGACGAGCGCUUCAAGAAGCAGAAGGACGAGAACGUCCUCCUCGCCGCGCCCGCGCCGACGGCCUAA